UACAGUUUGUGGUUUAACGUAUUAAAAUAAUUUGUUAAGUCAUAACAACCAUAGCUUAACCAUUUUUUUCUUUCAAGAUAUACUUUUUGAUACAAAAUAAAUCAAACUAAUUAAUUUGAAGUUUAUAAUUUUAAAUGGGUGCAUUAAGAUACAUUUGAAAUAUGAUGCUUUAUGAUUAGCAUUGAACGGUUUUAGUUAGUUCAAAAACUUUAUAUUCUAAACAGUUUAACUAAAAGAGAUAUAAUAUUAUGAAGACUUUAAGAAAAAAUAUUUUCAUGAAAUUGAAUAUGGCACAGUAUCAACUAUAUUCGUCCGUUAAUGAACCAGUAACCGUGACCCGUUGUCCAAUAGAUUGUCUAAUUCCUGAGUAUGGUCCUGAAGCCCCACAACCGUCACACAAUCAAAACAGUGCUUUCCCGUUUACAAUUGAUUAUUCAUAUUUCAUCAAUGACAUUUCGUCCAAACGACAGCCGUCUCAACUUCGAGAAAUUACGAGGGUGCUAGAGAAACUACCACCAAACUGCAUAAAAUUCGGCGUCGGUGUACCGAACGUACUAACAUUUCCAUUCAAGAAGAUUAGCGUGGAAAUAAUUACCGGCGAGAAUAUUACACUACAAGGUCAAGAACUAUCUGAUGCCUUGCAAUAUCUGCCUUCGGUUGGAUAUCGGCCUUUGAUAAAGAUAUUGGAAGAGAUACAAGACAGGUUUCAUGGACCUCAAUAUUGGAAUAAAAGAAGUAUCAUCAUGACAUCUGGCGCACAAGAAGGAUUAUCCAAGGCCGUGGACAUGUGCAUGCGUUGCAACGACUCAGUGAUUAUGCCUGAUCCUGUUUAUACAGGAGCUGUUGACUUGUUCAGACCAUAUGAUGCUGAGAUCAUACCGAUAGUACAAGAUUCUUGUGGUAUGGUCGUGGAAGAAAUUGCAAAAGUUUUAGCUGAAAGAAAAAGAAAAAUGAUGCCGAUACCCAAAAUGAUUUAUGUGAACCCUACUGCAUCGAACCCUGCCGGAACUACAUUACCCACUCAUAGAAAACGUGAAAUCUACCGAUUAGCUUGUGAAUAUAAUAUGCUCAUUCUUGAAGACGAUCCAUAUUACUACUUACAUUUCGAAAAAGAAAAUCCUGUGAGUUUUUUGUCUAUGGACACUGAGGGUCGUGUGCUUCGAUUCGAUUCGUUUUCAAAAAUCAUGAGCUCUGGUUUACGUGUUGGCUUCGUAACCGGGCCCAUAACGUUACUGCAUAGGAUGGAGCUACACAUGCAAACAUCAUCAAUGCACACUUCAUCAUUAUCACAAGUACUUUUAUACAAGCUCCUAUCACAUUGGGGCAAAGAUGGUUUAAUUUCUCAUUUCAUGCAUGUCAAAAACUUUUACAAGCAAAAGUUAGAAUACAUGAUGUGUGCAAUUAAUAAACAUCUUCAAGGAUUAGCUGAAUGGUACGAGCCAAAUGGUGGCAUGUUUCUGUGGUUGAAAAUAAUUGGACUGAACGAUGCCAAAAAACUAGUAACUGAUAGAUGUUUACAUAAAUUAAUAAUUUUAGCUCCUGGAUAUGCGUUAUCAGCCAAUGCUGAAAACCCAAGUCCCUACAUUCGAAUUUCAUAUUCUAUUGCAUCGCCAGAAGAAGUCGAUCGGGGAAUAUUAUUACUGGCGGAAGCCAUACGAGAAGAAUUGUUGGAGAAUAUCUGCUAAUAAUAUGAUCGACGCACGUAACAAUAACAUCAUAGAUCAUACUUAUUAAUUAUCGAUUAUCAUUACCGAAUGAGGAUCUGUGUGAAUUUUUAUUUGAUUGUAUAAUAAUAUGUUAAGUGAUAAUUUAUCACAUUUUUAAGUUUUAAAUUUUAAUUGUAUUUUUUAAUUAUACCUAAUAUAAGUAACUAAUAAAAAAAUUAAUAUUUUUAUGAAAA